CAAACAAAAUAUCAGAACUGUACACCUCUCUGGCAAAGAAGAAUGUUGACAUCUACAUAAAGCGUUCUCAGAAACUGUACGCGAACACACCAAUGCGACAAGCAUUGAUGACGCUAACCGUGGAUGACAUGGAAGUAAUUAUAUUAGCAGAUCCGUCGAUGAAUGGUAAAAAAAGUAUAAUUAAUAUCAUGAAGGAAAUAGAUCAUUCUAGUGUGCCCCCAACUGAUGACAUGAAUUUUACAACUCUAUGGUGCCGUGUGGUUAGAGGGAACGUGCAACACCUUGAUAUCGGUUUACGAGACUAUCCCCUGCGAGUAGUUGAACUGAGUGACUGGAUGUGGUGGGGGAGGCUGCUAGGUGCUGAACAAGAAGGGGUACCAAGAGCAAAAAGGGAAACAGUGGUGGAAGUUGGCACCCCCUGGAGUAAUGCCACGGUCAUUCGCAGUAUGCCAGCACUCAAGUUCUAUCAUGACUUAGUUUCAGAUAUCAAUUCAUGGGAUGUGGCAUAUGGUCCAUGCUUUGAGCAAACCUGGACACAGUUAAACAUAUGUAUGAACAACUUAAACAAGCCCUCUUUAGAUCCCAGCUUUCCUCUACCAUUUUGGGACAAGAUGAGGUUGCUUUUCCAUGGUAGGCUUAUUUUAACCAUUCAGCGGUGGAAUUACUUGUGGCUAAGCACUAAAGAUUGUUACAACACCACAGAACAUUUGGAUUGGGAGUUUGCUGAUGUAUAUCUUGAUUGGACUAAUGCUCAUUUUCUGUUCAAAGGUGAACUUGAUGUUUAUGUGAGGACAGCUUCCAAGUACGAUGAUGUCAGACUUCUCCACAUUCCUAAAUUUCGAUGGGAAAUUGGUAUUGAGUGGAUAACCAAUGGAGAUGCCAAUGAUCAUCACGUGAUCAUGCCAUGUGCUCCCGACAAAGUUCCCGAACAUUCUAUUAAACAGAGUUUACACCACUUCCAAAGUGCAUCAUUGGUACACGAUUCAUAUGCUCUCUUCAGGUCACAUAAUCUGAACUUAAAGAUGAGUUUAGAUGUCAAAGUUAACAAAAAGGAAGGGGAAGACUUGGAUGUUCCUUCAAUACUUUUCUACAGCAGUACAAUGCGAUGGCUCCAGAAUUUUCAGGCAGUUACUAUCAGAAAUGUUACCCGGCCCACAAGAAGAGGAAAAUUAUUCAGCAACACCAAACCACGAAAAUUUGCUUUGAGCCGAAUGUACAAAAAUGUAGAGUUCAAUGCCAAAUUCCCCCAGCUUCAAGUGAACUACUGGGCAUCCGGUGCUAAGCAGCGGGGCAUUGAGAUGUGUCUAGGGAAGGGUAGCUUUACAUCAAAGUUCAACCUGCAACUCAAUGACCCUCGUGAUGGACUCGUUCACAGAACGGUGGCUGAUUGGAGUGUGACUGGAAUGGUCUUUGACGUCGGGGAAAGUCAUGCCUACCUCUACACAACAGGAACUGAUAAUUACCAAGUUGGAAUGCCUUCUAAGUCAGCUUCAGACAGACACCAUGUUGCAAGUGUUGAAAAAGUUGUAUAUUGCCGCCAAAGUUCAAGUCCGAGUAGGACACCUUCUGUUGAGGAACUACAGGAAGGGGUACCCCUAACCUCAGACACAGAUCAGACAGAAGAUGGAGGAAAUGACAAGGGCUUCAUACAUAAACUUGUUGUUUAUGAGUUUCGUGGCUCAUGGACACGGUUUAAUCGUGACGCUGUCCUUGGGAUGUACGAUGCCUACAGUACAGCUCAGACUCUGAAGCACAACCUGUCCACAGAGGCCCUCAAAGGCAUUAAAGUCGACAGCAAAGGACCUCGAUCUCACACCCCGAUGACUCCACCCAACAGCACCAGUGGGUCAUCAACCACAACUGGUACCACUCCAAGUCCAAUGUCCUUGCUUCAAGGGGGACACGGUGCGAACAUGCUCCACCAACUUCUUUCGGAGACUGCCACCAAGUUUAUGGUGUUUUCUGAGGAAAUUUCUGGAAGUAAUGAGAUGCUGUUUGGCGCUCAGGCCUGUACCACGGAUGAUGUCAUGCUUAAGAAUUGGCUAAUUGAGUUUGUUAAUAGCCAGGUGAUGCUAAAAGGUUGCGAGAGGUCAGGGUAUGUCAUUGUAAGUGCUGCCAAUGCUCAGGUUAUGCAGUGUCGCCAUUGGCCAGCAUGGAGGGGUGGACAGCUGACGAAUAAGACAACUUGGGUAGGAAAAUUGGACAGCAUGCAGUACUUUGCUACUGUUGAAUCUCCCACUUCAGCCAGCAAUGAAAAUGUAUUAUGGUUGUCAAAGAGCUACAUAGAACGCACAAUGCAGCAGCAAGCCGUCGAUCUCACAGACAUCCCUGAUCUAGUUGGCAGCGGUGAGUCUGUUGGCGGUGUUGUAAGCGACACAGUUGGGGCAACAGAAUUCCAAGAUGAGGCAGUACAGCUUCAGCGCAUUAUUUCUCGUUGCAGUUGUCAGUUCUACUACGCCAGCUAUGGAGAGGAGUUGGACCCCGAAGUAGCUGCAGAACCCCCUCCUGACAAUUCUGAGAGUAGUGUUGAGGGCGGUAUACUGCACCAGGAUGAAGCUGUUAACUCGUUCACCUUGAUGCAUCAAGACCUGGAUGUGUGUACUAACUCAGCUCAGUAUUCUACUAUCAUGGAUAUCAUCAAUAAUCUACUGCUCUAUGUGGAACCAAAGCGAAAGGAAGCAACAGAGAAACUGCAAGGUAUGCGAUUCCACUUUCAGUUACGAAGUGAGGAGGACCAGAAGGGUCCUAUUCUGUCAUUACAGAACAAGUUAAGGAAAAAUUUAGCAGAGCUAAGGAGAUUAGAGAAGGAGUUGUAUGGAAUUCACAGACAACUUGAGGCAAAUCCAGAUGACCCUAAUUUUUUGCAGCAAAGUAUGGAUGUAGAGGAACAAGUUGUGGACUGUAAGGAGAGUUUACUUACAGCGAGUGAUGACCUUCAUGUCAUGGUUAGUGUUUACAAAGAAAUUCAACUAAAACGUGCAAUGAAACUCAAAAUUCAAAGUGACCAGGGAGUUAGAGUUGUACGGCGUGUCGAGAUGUGCUUCAGCCUAGCAAAAUGGAAACUAACAGAGAAAGAUGGACAGCUGGGAAUGUCCUAUUUUGAGAUUCGCCAAUUCAAGUACACAAGAACCAGUAAGAAUGAUGAUUCUGGUAAUCACUUUAUGGAAAUUGGAUGGGUUACCUUGAAAAACUUGCUUCCCAAUGAAAUUUACCAGGAUGUCCUAAGGCCACAAGAUAUGGGGAAGACAAGACAAGUGACGAUGAGGAUUAUCUGCCGAGGCAAGCCACCGGUAGGGGGAAUCGCAGUGCAGGAACACUUUGAAGUGAAUGUCGUCCCUCUUACCAUUCAACUGACCUACAAUUUCUUCAAACACAUGAUGGGGUUUUUCUUUCCUGGUAGAAAUGUUGACCAAGAACCUGGAGAAGACCAUCAGCUCAAGAAUAGACUGGAUAUUGAUGAUGAUACAGAAAGCAUUUCUUCUCGAGUCAGUAAGACAAGUGUUCGAUCAGGCAACAGUGAUGACUCUGGCCACUUAGCAUCAACCACUUCCAGUAGAGACAGUUUUAGGGUGAAAAAGAAGCAGGAAUCAAGAAAAACACAGAAUUCAGAUGACAUUGAGAAAAUGAAGGAACGUGCUGAGAGAAACAACACAUUCUUUUACAUCAAGAUACCACCGCUUCCUCUAUGUAUUAGUUAUAAGGGUGGUAAAGACAAAAAUAUUGAAGAUGUUCACAACUUGAAUAUUUUACUCCCGACCCAAGAGUACCAUAAUCGUACAUGGACAUGGCUUGAUCUUCUAAUGGCUUUAAAACGAGAGUAUAAACAAGCACUGUUGUCUCAGGCUAUCAAGGAGAAACUAAAGUUCAGAUUGCCUGUUGGAAAGACUGAAGGACCAACAGGAAAGGAGAGUCAAGCUGAUGAAGAUGCUGAUAAAGCCAAGCUUUUAUUUGGUGCCAAAGCUCCUAAUAUUGCCAGUAACGUAGAAAAGCCAAAGAAAGUACUAUUUGGUAAACCUCCAAAAAACUAGGGUUUUCAUGCAAUUCUGUAUUAAGUAUUAUAUUGAAAUAUUUAUAUGAUUUUAUACAGUAAAUAUUAUUAGUUGAACUUAAAUAGGGCUUGGCAACCAGAGUUUUACUUACUUUUAUAACAAAUUUGUGUUUAAAAAAUCAUGUUGGUAAACUGAUUUUUUAAUUAUAAACAGAACGUAACAUGAUGUUAAUGAAGUUAAUUGUAAAUAUGCUAAUUAUCAUGUCAUCUUGAAAUUACUUUUUGAAAUUAUUAAAUUAUAGUUGUCCAUGUGAAACAAUCAAUCUGCAUUACUGUUACCAGAAAACACAUGGGCAUCAUUGACGGGAUUCAUCAAUGGUAUUUGAAAUAAUCUGAUUAAACUAUAGACUUUUUACAAAUAUGUUUCUAAAUAUAUACACAAGUUGGUUAGUAGAUUUUUUUACAUGGGCUAUAAGCAUGAAUGUACAAAUUAUCUCCAAUUACUAGAAAUUAAUGGGAGAUAAAUCUUCAAAUCAAAUCAAAAAUAUAUUUCUGCAAUUUUAAUUAUACAAACCUUAUUCUUUUUACCACCUUUCUCUUCCCUUUGCCUUUAAACCCUUCCCACUUUCUGAAACCAUUACUGCUUUCUGAGAGUGUGUGAGACUUUACAGUGGUAUUCACUGAUAUUUUUAGUGGUUGUAUUGAAAGAGUUGUACCAGCAGUAAAGAAAUAACUGAAUCAUGACUUGGCUAAAUUCUAAAUGUGUAGUACAUAUUGUCUAGUUACAAGUAGAAGUCUAACAGGGGUUCCAAUUUGUCACUUCUGGGAGAUCUGUUUAAAUAAGCUUUCUUAACACAUUUAAUGUUAUUUUUGCUGCACGUGGUGAAUACCCGUCACCACUGACUUCCAUGAGAAAAUUGAUAGUAAAGUAGUAAAAAAAUGCAAAUAUUAAGAAUUUGCGGUAGAUGGGACAUUUUCCUGGAGAUUCUUGCUUCCAUGUUGGAGUGCGGGAGACUGUACCAAUUUGCGAGAGAUUCUGAGAAUUUCGUGAGACUUUGGAAUCCUGAGUUGAAUUUGGUAAGUUUGGAACCACCUUUAGUACAAGUUGACUACCAACAACUUUGUAAUAGACAAUUACAAAUUUUUCCCCCAAAUCGUUAAUAAGUCAAAUUUAAUCAGGAUGGCACUAGCCUGAAAUAAGAUAAUUAAAUGUUUAAAUAUGAUAUGAAUGUUGUGCAGAGUUCCUAUUUAUAAUGCGAAGCAUUUAAUGAUCUAAAUUAUUUCACAUGUCAAAGAGCAGUCAUUUUACAUUUUUAUAUUGUUUUGUUUAUUGUCUUACAGCCACACAAUUUGCAGAUUCUGUUUCUAUUUGCUUAACCUGUGAAAGAUCAUGAUAAUAUUGUAAUUAUUUACUGAAAAGUUAUUUUCAUACUGAAAUUUAGGUAUUAAAUGUUAUAAUAUUGUUUUCCUUUUUAUUUAUUAUUAUUAUUUGUGGAUUUCACCAAGAUAGACAUAAAGUAACACAAGCUCUCAAAUUAAAUCUAUUAUAUAUAUUUUAAAAACCAGAUGAAAUUAUUUGAAGAUUAUUAUCAUUGUUGUUAUCAAUAUUUUGUGUAUUAUUACAACUACAAAAAAAGUCUUAUCUUUAUAAAUGUGCAGUGUACAAGAAAUGUAAUGAUUGUAUUAGCAAAUAUAAAUCAACUAUAUUGCAAUAUAAUUAUGAUAAUAUCGAUUAAAAAUCUAUCAAGUAUCAUUUAUAGAAA